UAUGCAAUGAAAAUAGUAUUUAAAUAUGUGCGAGUGCAUGUGGCAAUUAAAAACAGCGUAAAGAAGGAAAACAAACAUUUGGUUGGCCACUGAGAGUAUGCAUUAUGUAACAGGAAGCUGGUGAAGAGCCCUUAAAAGGCAGGCAGCAUGAACUUAGACAGCAAAUCUCAGUGCACUCAUGGAGUACACACUGGUUAUCAUACUGCUCUUCUUCUUGGCAGGACCAUGUUUGUCUCUGCCUGGUCAGAUUUCCUCUCAGUCAAAUUUUGGAGCAAGAAGACAAAGGAGAAGCUACUCUGAUGAUAUUGAUGAAAACACUCCAAUUGCAAUGGACAGGAUCAUAGAUGUAAAUGACUAUCAAGGUGUCAUUUCCGUGGAUGGCACCAACCUCAGAGAAGGAGAUAUCGCCGUGUCCAGCAGGAGUCAGAAGAACUGUUUUGCCAGAAGCUGCUUGUGGACCAAAUCUGUAGAUGGAAAAGUGUACAUUGCAUACUCAGUGUCUCAUGCGUACAGCGAGGACGACGUGGAGAACAUUAAGAAAGGCAUGAAGCUCAUUGAACAUGACACUUGUGUGCGCUUCGUGCCCAGAACUCACCAGAGGGACUACCUGGAUAUUCAGCCCAAAACAGGGUGCUGGUCAUAUCUGGGAGCACGUGGUGGUAGACAAACCAUUUCUCUCCAGACGCCCGAGUGCACCGGGUCAGGGGUCACCGUCCAUGAGCUAAUGCACGCCUUGGGCUUUGUUCACGAGCAAUCCCGAGCUGACCGGGACAAGUACGUCACCAUCAUGUGGUCCAAUAUAUGGAAAGACCGGCUGAGGAAUUUUGAAAAGUUUAAAGCAAACAACCUGGACACCCCCUACGACUACAGCUCUAUCUUGCACUUUGGAAAGUAUGCCUUCUCUGAGGAUGGUGAACCUACUAUUGUACCAAAAAGAAACUGGAACGUGAAGAUUGGACAGAGAUUUGGACCCAGCGACUUGGAUAUAAUGAAGAUUAAUAGAAUGUAUAAAUGUAAUGCAUAAUAAAAUCCAUUUACAGUAAUGAUCCAUCACAUGGCUAAAAGUCUGACAUUAUUAAUGCUUUUACUUCUUUUAAUUUUUAAGGAAAACGGCUGAUUGUGAAGAUUGCUGAUAUAAAAAUUGCUAAUCAAAAAUAAGAACGUUCUUUUGUAACCUGCUGUUUCAGAUAUUUCUAUACUCUUUCUCAUGCUGUUAUAAUGUUGUAUAAACAUUACAUCAAUAAACA